AUGCCUGAGUCCUUCUAUGCUCCGUCCCUUAGCCCAACUCGACCAGACAGCGCGGGGUACAAUAGUCAGUAUCCAACCGACACAGAGCCUCUGUGCAGCACGGUCUCCCCAUCCCUAACUGAGAUUUUACCCGAACCGAUUCUGGGAAGCUUCGCUGUCAAUGGGUCUCCGGCGACACCCUCCUUACCCGAAAUGACAUCCAAAUUGGACUCUAUAUGUAAAGAACAGGCACGAGUCGCGGCGAAGAGACCUGCGUCGACCAGCGCGAAAAAUCAGACCGGUGGCAAAAAGCGCAAGAGCACCAGCUCUCCAAAUCAAGACAAGCGCACCGUCAGCCGGGAUGAGGUCACCACGUCGCCCGUACUGGGCUUGCGCAUCAAGGAGGAUCCAGAGGAGGACACGAGAAAGAGCACAAACACCACCAGCAGCAGUCCGUUGAGCGGAUUCGUUUGUCAACUCUGCAAAGAAAGUUACUCGGACCCGCUCAGCUUGGCUCAUCACAAGUGUUCCCGCAUUGUGCGAGUCGAGUACCGCUGCACCGAGUGCGACAAAGUUUUCAGUUGCCCCGCUAACCUCGCCUCGCACAGGCGCUGGCACAAACCCAGGAGCGCACAAGGGGAAAGCGUCUCCCCGCAGCCCGAGGACAAAUCCUCACCAUCAGCAUCCAGUCACAGGACGAACUACCGAGAAACCGCCACCCCGCCACCCCACAACUCAGACUCGGCUUCAGACGAUGAGAUGACCUUUAGCUGCCAUUUGUGCGCAAAGAAGUUCAGACGGCAGGCGUACCUGAGGAAGCAUCUGGCUCUCCACAGCAGAAAAGCAAAUGGCCUGCCGCAGAACCAGCUGUCACCUGAGGCCACUGUGACAGCGCAAAGUCCAGCCGGCCAGGCUGAAGAAAAAGACACGCCAGACGGUUCCGUUCAGCACCCAACAAACGAGCCGGCGUCUGCGCGCGAGGGCGGUGUGUACAAUUGCAGGUUUUGUGGAGACAAUUUCUUUUCAUCUCCUGGUCUUACAAGACAUAUCAACAAGUUUCACCCAACGGAGAAGAGACAGGUGAUCUUUCUAUCACGGACUGUUUGA